AUUCUACGUCUGGUCGCCUGGAUAACAUCACCCAGGUGAUGAGCAUCCACACUCAGUACCUGGAGUCUUUCCUCCGCAGCCAGUUCUACAUGCUGCGCAUGGAUGGGCCCCUUCCUUUGCCCUACAGGCACUACAUUGCUAUCAUGGCUGCUGCCAGACAUCAGUGUUCCUACCUAAUAAAUAUGCACGUUGAUGAGUUUCUGAAGACUGGUGGGAUUGCAGAGUGGUUGAAUGGUUUAGAAUACAUUCCCCAAAGACUGAAAAACCUGAACGAAAUAAACAAACUUCUUGCACACCGGCCCUGGCUGAUCACAAAAGAGCACAUCCAGAAACUUGUCAAGACUGGGGAAAAUAAUUGGUCUCUUCCUGAACUGGUUCAUGCUGUUGUCCUGUUGGCCCAUUAUCAUGCCUUGGCAAGUUUUGUGUUUGGUAGUGGCAUUAAUCCAGAGAGAGAUCCGGAUACAUCCAAUGGAGUCAGACUUAUAGCAGUCAACAACUUCUGUGUUUGUGAUCUUGCCAAUGACAACAACAUAGAAAAUGCAUCCCUCACAAGUAGCAACUUCGGGAUUGCAGAUUCUUUAAGUGAGUUGGAGGCCCUGAUGGAAAGGAUGAAGAGACUACAGGAAGAUAAAGAGGAUGAAGAAGCCUCUCAGGAGGAAAUGGCAACUCGCUUUGAGAAGGAGAAGAAGGAGAGUCUGCUAGUAAUUAGUGGAGUAAUGUUUCAUAGUCUAUUUCCUCAUAGUAGAACAUUUGAUGAUGAAAUAGUUUCUACAGAUGUCUCCCGUUAUGUUGAAGAUCCUGGGUUUGGGUACAAAGACUUUGCAAGGCGAGGAGAAGACCAUCUGCCAACAUUCAGAGCUCAGGACUAUACUUGGGAAAAUCAUGGCUUUUCCCUUGUAAACAGGCUUUAUUCUGAUAUUGGGCAUCUCCUGGAUGAGAAGUUUCGGAUGGUGUAUAACCUCACAUACAACACUAUGGCAACACAUGAAGAUGUUGAUACAACUACACUAAGAAGAGCUUUAUUUAACUAUGUCCACUGUAUGUAUGGAAUCAGGUAUGAUGACUACGAUUAUGGAGAAGUGAAUCAGCUACUUGAACGCAGCCUGAAGGUUUACAUAAAGACAGUGACCUGCUACCCAGAGAGAACCACCAAGCGCAUGUACGACAGCUACUGGCGCCAGUUCAAGCACUCAGAGAAGGUUCAUGUCAAUCUACUUCUGAUGGAAGCUCGGAUGCAAGCCGAACUUCUGUAUGCCCUUCGUGCCAUAACUCGUCACUUAACCUGAAGCACUCGCUGGCCAGGAGUACAGGGGCUUUUACUGAGUAUGUAAAGACCUUUCAAAAUAUCUACACACCAGAAGCUGUUUGUGAUGUAGCAUC